CUGGAUGCUCGGGUCUCGCUUGUGUGAUGAUCAUUAGUUGAGCGAGGACAGUUGAAUAAUUGGGAGCUCGAAGUUGCUUCUGCCUCUGGGAAAGGUCUGUUGGGCUAUUGCUUUUCUUUUUUAAAAAAGCCAAACAUUUGAUCACCAUCUACCUGCAGAAGUGAGUUUUUCUUGAAGAAGCUCUGGCUGCUCUCUCCUCAUUGCCAGCAACCCAGCGGGACUCUCUUAGAGUGAGCUAUUUCUCAGGCCAGGCACGACAGCAGUGCUAGUAAAUUUGAAAGAGCAGGACACAGCCACUGCAUGCAGAGCUUGGAGCCUUACAACUCCCCAGGCUAGCCUUCCAAGCAGCGGUGUAGCCAGUGACCCUUGGUAUUGUGGUCACAUCCUGCUUCAAAAGUGACCAGUCACCAUCGGCGACGUUGGGAGAAAGCCGUGAUGUUGCAGAUGCUGUGGCAUUUUCUGUCUAGCCUUUUCCCUAGGGCUGGGUGCCAAGGCUCCGAAGAGGGGAAUGAUAACGAAGUCAGAGGCACCCCAGCUGCUGCUCGGGGAGACCAGAUGGCAAGCUUUUUGGGGAAACAGGAUGGAAGGGCUGAGGCCACGGAAAAGAGACCCACUAUUUUGCUGGUGGUCGGACCUGCAGAGCAGUUUCCUAAGAAAAUUGUACAAGCUGGUGAUAAAGACCUCGAUGGGCAGCUAGACUUUGAAGAGUUCGUCCACUAUCUCCAAGAUCACGAGAAGAAACUGAGGCUGGUGUUCAAGAGUUUGGACAAAAAGAAUGAUGGGAGAAUCGAUGCUCAGGAGAUCAUGCAGUCCCUGCGGGACCUGGGCGUCAAGAUAUCUGAACAACAGGCAGAAAAAAUUCUUAAGAGAAUACGAACGGGCCACUUCUGGGGCCCUGUCACCUACAUGGAUAAAAACGGCACAAUGACUAUCGACUGGAACGAGUGGCGAGACUAUCAUCUUCUGCAUCCUGUGGAAAACAUCCCUGAGAUCAUCCUGUACUGGAAGCAUUCCACGAUCUUUGAUGUGGGUGAGAAUCUGACAGUCCCUGAUGAGUUCACCGUGGAGGAGAGGCAGACGGGAAUGUGGUGGAGACACCUUGUGGCUGGAGGUGGGGCGGGGGCUGUAUCCAGAACCUGCACGGCCCCGCUGGACAGACUCAAGGUGCUCAUGCAGGUCCACGCUUCUCGCAGCAACAACAUGUGCAUUGUGGGCGGCUUCACCCAGAUGAUUCGCGAGGGAGGGGCCAAGUCACUCUGGCGGGGCAACGGCAUCAACGUCCUCAAAAUUGCCCCUGAGUCGGCCAUCAAAUUCAUGGCUUAUGAGCAGAUCAAGCGUCUUGUUGGGAGUGACCAGGAGACUCUGAGGAUUCAUGAGAGACUUGUGGCAGGGUCCUUGGCAGGGGCCAUCGCCCAGAGCAGCAUCUAUCCAAUGGAGGUUCUGAAGACCCGGAUGGCCCUGCGCAAGACAGGCCAGUACUCGGGCAUGCUGGACUGUGCCAGGAAGAUCCUGGCCAGAGAGGGGAUGACUGCCUUCUACAAAGGCUACGUUCCCAACAUGCUGGGGAUCAUCCCCUACGCCGGGAUAGACCUCGCUGUCUACGAGACGCUCAAGAAUGCCUGGCUACAGCGCUAUGCAGUGAACAGUGCAGACCCUGGCGUGUUUGUGCUCCUGGCCUGUGGCACCAUGUCCAGCACCUGUGGCCAGCUGGCCAGCUACCCACUGGCGCUGGUCAGGACCCGGAUGCAGGCCCAAGCCUCCAUUGAGGGCGCUCCGGAGGUGACCAUGAGCAGCCUCUUCAAACAGAUCCUGCGGACCGAGGGGGCCUUUGGGCUGUACCGGGGGCUGGCCCCCAACUUCAUGAAGGUGAUCCCAGCUGUGAGCAUCAGCUACGUGGUGUACGAGAACCUGAAGAUCACCCUAGGCGUGCAGUCUUGGUGACGGGACAGAGGGCAGCCCUCCCCGCCUGGCGGACUCGUGGAUCCUGGGCCUCCAAGGCCCAGGAUGUGUAGCCAUCUCAUUCUGUGAAUGUGCCAACACUAAGCUGACUUAAGCCAAGCUGUGAAAACCCUGGGACGCACCCACAAGGGAGGGGAGAAGAGCUGGCCGGUCUACCGGGUUUGUCCUGCUGACCCUGGCUGACCCUCGUGUCUGUUCCAGGGCAGACCCACGGGUAUUCCUCGGGUCCGGGGACCAGCAGGACACAGGCUUAUGCACAGUAGGGACAGGACGUUUCCUGUGGUGGCUGCCAAACAGCAGGGCUUAGAGGCCAGCUUAGCUCUUCCAUCUCCUCCUCGCACCCAGAACAUUGGCUGUGGGCCCCGCCCUCUGGCCUGUUGGGCAUCUUCCCUGCGCCCACUUUGCUUCCUCACUGCUGUUUUAAUGUAGUAGGAGGGCUGCCAGCCCACUCUCCACACCCCUUCUCACUCCUCUCCCCUCAGUCCAUGGGGAGAGGUGGUCCACCACCCCGACUUCCUAACUUCCAGUGUCACCUCUGGCGAGGUUGUGCAGGAAAGAGGGAGGAGCCUCGCUUUGUGCUCACCUUCAUCUGAGCUCACCGGCAGCUGGGCACCCGGAUGUGCGAAUGCAUGCAGGGGCCCGGGCCCAGCCCCACCGCCGGCUGCCUGGUGUCCAUGCAUAUGGCUUCCCAGAAGGCGAGUGUUGGUCCUGGAACCCAAAGGCCUCUGCCCUGUGCUGCUGGGGCACUCCUGGUGCUCUGAGCUGGCCCCGGACUCUGUCAGGACUGGUACCAGCUCAGAACUGCUCCCCUGUCCUCGCUUUGGCAUGAGGACAGUGGGGCAUGAUGUAGCGGGCAGGGCAGUCUCUGCCCCAUGUCUGUAUGCCCUGGUGAGAAGAAAGAGGGGUUAAAGGCCUUGAUUAUGUAUUGUUGAGAAAAGGGUUUUGUUUAGUAAGACAAGCUGGACAAAUUUGCGAGUUCUGUGCUUCCAGAGGGAAGACAAGGAAUAGAUAGCUUGGCUGACUGCAUCCAAGUCUGUUUCUGACGCCCCCGGAGAUUUAUGUCCAAUCCCCAUUGGGACAAAGUGGGACCAGCCUCACAUUCCACUGAUGCAACGUAUCACACUGCUUGGAGCCUAUUUAUUUCGUAUUUAUUUGAACAGAGUUAUGUCCUAACUAUUUUUAUAGAUUUGUUUAAUUACUAGCCUGUCAUUUUCAAGUUCAUUUUGUAUUCAUAUUUAUGUUCAUGGUUGAUUGUACCUUCCCAACACCCGAGAGGUGGGGUGAGAGGAAGGGGGCCAUGGGAGCAACCCUCCCCACCACUGCCCGCCCCCAUGUUACAUCUGUCCAAAGACAGAAGAAAGGCAAGGGGGGAGGGGCCCUGAUCUCGGAGAGCUGUCCUUUGGCAGGUUGGGGCAGGCGUGCACCCAGGAAGCUUAGGACCUGAGGGUUUGAUUAGGGGCGGGAAGAGUGGGAGAAAUCUCAAGUCCAUUGAAGAUGGAAGCCCAAAUUCUUUCUUGGACUGGGAGGACUUCUUUAUUUCACCCUUUUUGAAUUACGAGGCAGCGAGGUGCCUAUCACUGUGAGUUUGGGAUGGGGCUAGAGGAGAGGGCAGCCAGCUCCCCGCCCCACCUGUGAAGUGGGCUCCCCCCUCCCAGCGCCCCCCCAACCUGCUGCCCCUGCUCAGUAAUGCUGGUCAACCUGCAGCCUCACAGUUGUACUUCCAUUCCACCAGAAUGGCCCAAUGAGGACAAUUUAAAUAGGAUGCAAAGAUCAAUGCAAAAGUUAUUCUUAUAUAUGAAUAUAGUUAUAACUGGAAUUUGUGAAAAAGCAAAUUGAGAAAUUGGAAGCUGUCAUUUAAAAGAGCCUUCUAAUAAAGUUGUUUCAAAGCUGA